GUUGAUAUUUGAUGAAUUUCCCCGAUAAAAUCCUUGCUGAAAUGAGGAGAAAUCACUUUCGAACUUCACUUCAACCAACAGAGUUGAAGCUUGAUAUUGACGGGAGCUGUUUAUCGGCCCCUUUUUGAGAUCACAUUGAACAAUUUAAUUUCUAGUAAACCUAAGCACCAAUGAAUAUGAUGCCAAGUGCAUUUUUCUAUCCUUUAGACAAUACGACAAGAGGUGGAAUGACUUCCAUCAUUCACCAAGAAAACUCAUACAUUCCACUAAGAUUAAUAUCUAAAUUUCUUCUGUCACUGGCUCGUUCUUUUAAAUACCUCUCACACCUCCAAGUCUAGAUGGGCUUUUCAAUCCAGACCUUUCCAACAACUCUGUGUCUGUGACACUCCCUUUCAAUUCAAUCAUUUCAAACUUCAUUGCCUUCUUGAUCUCAGAAGCUGGUCUCACGCUCUUUAAAUCAACCCAUUACAUUCAUCUCUUGCAGUUCACACAUUCAGAAUGCAAACAAACACCUUCCUCCAGUCGGCUUUGUGCCUUCUUACAAUCAACAUCAAUUCUGCGUUGGCAUUCUGGCGCCUACCAUGUCAGAAUCCGAUUGUGGUCCAGAGAUCUGACCCAGUUGUCUCCCCGGGUAGUGUCUCUGGUCAUGUUCAUACCAUUAUGGGAGGUAAUGGCUUUGGUUUCUCUAUGAACUAUGCUUCUACUCAAGCGUCAACUUGCACUUCUUGUACUGUCACAAAGGAUCUUUCCAAUUAUUGGACCCCAACUUUGUAUUACAGAGCUCAAAAUGGCAGUUUCAUCUCUGUCGGUCAGAAUGGUGGUGUCACAGUUUACUACUUACAGCGAAGCGAUCCAUUAGAUCCUGAGUAUUCCAAAGGUCUCUUGGCCUUCCCCGAAGGCUUCCGCAUGCUUGCAGGAAAUCCAUUCCUGCGAUCAUAUAAUGCAAGCUCUCUAGAGCAACAAGCAGUCACUUAUGUUUGUCUCGGCACUGAUAAGCCCCAGACAAACGGAUUUCCAAAUUACCCAUGUCCAUACGGACUCCGAACCCAAGUCUUUUUCCCGUCAUGCUGGGAUGGAAAGAAUUUAGAUUCUCCUGAUCAUAAAUCCCACAUGGCCUACCCAAGUCUUUCAGAUAGUGGAAAUUGUCCUCCCAGCCAUCCAAAGCGUUUUGUCUCUAUUUUCUUCGAGAUUCUCUGGAAUACUCCUGAUUUUGCUGAUAAAUGGUAUGGUAAUUCACAACCAUUCGUCUGGUCCAUGGGAGACCCAACUGGCUAUGGGUUUCACGGCGACUUUGUCAAUGGAUGGGAUGUGCCAACCUUACAAAGGGCCGUCAAUGAAUGCACCGAUGAAAGUGGAGUCAUAGAAAAGUGCCCUGUCUUCCAACUGACAACCAACGAGGUAGCAAACAGUUGUCGAGUCCCCCCAUCCGUUCACGAGAAAAUUUCGGGCGUUCUACCCAAACUCCCCGGUUGCAACGAAGUACAAAAUGGCCCAGGAAAUGCUAGUCCACAAAGUGGAUGCGGUGCUACCACCACGAUUGGUACACCAAUGUGGCCUUAUACUGACGUUACGAAAUCAAAGAGUUUCGCAUAUAUGGGAUGUGGUUUUGAUACACCAGGUCAACCUCGCACUCUCCAGGGGGAUUCGCUUCAAGAUAAUACAGGCAUGACGGUUGAAAAGUGUAUUGAUUUCUGUAACAGCAAAGGCUUCAGUAUCGCCGGGUUGGAAUAUUCUACCCAGUGCUUCUGUGAUAAUAAAAUGCUCGCUGGUAGAGAUCCAGUUCCUGGUAUCAUAGGAGGCUGUACCAUGCCUUGCUCUGGCAAUGAUCAACAGAUUUGUGGAGAUUCCGGUUUACUUUCACUUUACAAGAAAUGUCCAAAUUCUAAUAGUUGCGCCAAUGUUCAGUACCCAUUCAAUGCUGGGACCAAGAAGCGCAAGUCUGAAGAAAGACGCGAGAGACGUCAAAAAUGCGAUAGCGACCUCCCUCCAAGCAUCUAAUGCAUCGGAAUCAAGCCCUACAGGAGCUUUUAUCAAACCUCCCAUCGAGUCGACUUCAAAGUCUUGCAAUACAGAAAUCACUGCUCCAUCUCUUUCUCACGCUUCCAGAGUCAAAAUUACUACAGUCAUUACCACAACCACUACAUUCACAACCGUGACCGCAACAGCAUAGUUUUUCGACCUCUCUAUGCGCAGAAAGCUGUCUAUACAAUCUCCAAUCUUCCGAUAUUGCGCCCACCGUUCGUUCGACUCUAGCCAUGUAGCUAGCGACUACCAGUGCUCCCGCUAUACCCAUCUAGCUUUCCGGAUUAACAGAUGUGCUUUAUCCCAAUGCUAGACUACAUAUUUUCUCUGCUCCGAGAGGAGAUGCCUACAACCGAAAGCAAGCUUCAACCUCUGAGUUGCAUGGAUUUUCAUUUGUGUAAAGAUUUCCUUGUUUACUAACCCCUCGUUCCUUUUCUCUCUCUCUCUCUCUCUCUCUCUCUCUUUAUUUCUUGACAGGCGGAUAAUUUCUCUGGAAGGAAGGAUCUACCGCACUAGAAACACGAAGUGAUGAUAUCAGUAUUUAUCGCAGAAGGGGACGA